AUGAACGGGACGGAGGGCCCGAACUUCUACGUGCCCUUCUCCAACAAAACGGGUGUGGUACGCAGCCCCUUCGAGUACCCACAGUACUACCUGGCUGAGCCAUGGCAGUUCUCCAUGCUGGCCGCCUACAUGUUCCUGCUCAUCGUGCUUGGCUUCCCCAUCAACUUCCUCACGCUCUACGUCACGGUCCAGCACAAGAAGCUGCGCACGCCUCUCAACUACAUCCUGCUCAACCUGGCCGUGGCUGACCUCUUCAUGGUCUUCGGUGGCUUCACCACCACCCUCUACACCUCUCUGCAUGGAUACUUUGUCUUUGGGCCCACAGGAUGCAAUUUGGAGGGCUUCUUUGCCACACUGGGCGGUGAAAUUGCCCUGUGGUCUUUGGUGGUCCUGGCCAUUGAGCGGUACGUGGUGGUGUGUAAGCCCAUGAGCAACUUCCGCUUUGGGGAGAACCAUGCCAUAAUGGGCGUCGCCUUCACCUGGGUCAUGGCACUGGCCUGCGCUGCACCCCCUCUCGUUGGUUGGUCCAGGUACAUCCCUGAAGGCAUGCAGUGUUCAUGCGGGAUCGACUACUACACACUCAAGCCAGAGGUCAACAACGAGUCCUUUGUCAUCUACAUGUUCGUGGUCCACUUCACCAUCCCCAUGAUCGUCAUCUUCUUUUGCUACGGGCAGCUUGUCUUCACAGUCAAGGAGGCGGCAGCCCAGCAGCAGGAGUCAGCCACCACCCAGAAGGCUGAGAAGGAGGUCACUCGCAUGGUCAUCAUCAUGGUCAUUGCUUUCCUGAUCUGUUGGGUGCCCUACGCCAGCGUGGCAUUCUACAUCUUCACCCACCAGGGCUCCAACUUUGGCCCCAUCUUCAUGACACUCCCGGCGUUCUUCGCCAAGUCCUCCUCCAUCUACAACCCUGUCAUCUACAUCAUGAUGAACAAGCAGUUCCGGAACUGCAUGCUCACUACCCUCUGCUGUGGCAAGAACCCACUGGGUGAUGACGAGGCCUCCACCACCGCCUCCAAGACGGAGACCAGCCAGGUGGCACCGGCCUAA